AUAAACAUUCAUAAACAUUCAGUUAAAAACUUACUGACAAUCGAUCUUGAUUUAAUUUAAUGCGUAGCGAUAUAUUUAUGUUGCAAAUCACAGUUGCAGACGACAUUAUUCUAUUAUUCCAGCAGCCAGCUGCUGUGUGCACUGCCUGACAGAAAAUCUGAAAUGAAAUCUGGUUAGUCGGUAAUUUUUACAAUAACAUUUGAUCUUAAAAAUGGAAGCAAGUGCUUUGAAGAAAGUAAGGUGUAAAUUGAUUGCUCCUUUGGGCCUCCCUCCUCCUUCAUCCAAAAGCUUUUCAAGACCUAGUGGAAUGGGAAAGAAGAAAGAUUAUACCCCUAUUCAUUGGAGCCGUUAUUUUACAUCACGUGAAAAAAUAGUGGUAAAUGAAGAUGGAGAUUCAUUUCAGGUUUAUCGUAGAGGAUCUUCUGGCCCUCUUCUUGUUCUGCUUCAUGGAGGUGGAUUUUCUGCUCUGAGCUGGUCGUUGUUUGCUGAAUGCAUUGAAGGGCUGGUUUCCUGUCAGAUUCUUGCAAUUGACAUGAGGGGUCAUGGUGACAGCAAGACACACAAUGAUGAAAAUCUUUCAGCAGAAACCCAAGCUGAUGAUAUUGUAUCAGUGGUCAAACAUGUCUUUGGAUCAGACCCUCCUCCCAUUGUUCUUAUUGGACAUAGUAUGGGAGGAGCAAUUGCAGUUCAUGCUGCUGCUACAGAUCAGCUCCCAAUGAUUGCUGGGCUCAUUGUGAUCGAUGUUGUGGAGGGAACAGCAAUGGAAGCACUAGCCUCUAUGCAAAAUUUUCUAAGAUCAAAACCCAAACAGUUUCUCUCCUUGGAACAAGCCAUUGAAUGGAGUGUCAGAAGUGGUCAGAUUAGAAACGGUGAAUCUGCUAGAGUGUCUAUGCCUGGUCAAUUACGGAGUGACGUGACUGGAGAAUGCGCUACAUCUGAUGUGCCAGAAACAGUCACCACUCCUACCGCUUCUUCACCACUUGAUGCUACAACACAAACUUCGAAUGCGCUCAAACAUGGUGAAUGUAUAACAGAAGAAGAUGAAGAUGAAAAAAUUGAAAGUUCUCCUUCAACUAGAGAACCUACAUUUUUCCCUCCAGCCGUUAGUCCUAAGACUGGCUAUCACUGGCGUAUUGAUCUGACAAAAACUGAACACCAAUGGCCGGGAUGGUUCCAUGGUCUCUCGGCUACAUUUUUAGCCAUUCCUGUUGCGAAGCUCCUGCUGUUGGCCGGCAUUGACCGACUCGACCGAGAACUAACCGUUGGUCAGAUGCAAGGAAAGUUCCAAAUGCAAGUGCUUCCUCAGUGUGGGCACGCGGUACACGAAGAUGUGCCAGACAAGGUUGCAGAAGUGGUUGCUACAUUUUUAGUAAGAAAUCGCUUGACAUCACCAAAGGAGAAAUUUAAUUGGGUGAUGCCUGCUUGUUAGAUUUUCCACUUAUCACGUUCGACAACAAAUGAAGUAUUGAGUAUUGUGUUCGAUAAUGCGACAGUAGAAUCUGGGUCCUGAAUAUUUGUGUUUACUUUAUGGUCAUAUUGUCAUAUUCUUUGCGUCAUAUGCAUUGUUCUACAUACUUUCAUUUUAAAGUGUUUUGUAACAUUUAUUCAGCAGUUUUACUUUUCCUACUUCAAAAUGGCGUACUUAAAACUGCAUUCUAAAGAAAAUGGGUCAUGCUCCGCCGCAUCAAAUUUCUUUGUCAAAAUCAAAUGACAAUAACAAUUUGUGUCGGUUCUUUGUCGACAACAAAUUGCGUGUCGGUUCUUUGAUGUCGAUAAGCUAACAUUGAAGGCGAAAUUAUCCUUUGCACCUGAAGAUAUCUAAAUUUUCGUAUUUUCUUCGUACGUGGUGAUUCGUAUUAAUAAAGUUCGUCAAGGCCAAAAGGACAUUCCCUUUGUUGGCGAAUUGAA